AUGAAAUUUCUCCCUCAGCCCUCCCUCUUCUUCCAUACAAAACAACACAAACUUAUAUUUUUCCCUCUGGAAGUCAACUUGCCCGAUAUCCCCAAGACCAUGACACAAAGUAUGAUGUCAACAAGAGUUGGAAGUGGGAAGGUUCUUCAUCCCACUCCAGACCAUCUCAACCAGAGUACCCAAAAUGGUAUUUUGGCCCACCAGGAACCUACCAUUCCUCCCUUCUCUUUGAUAUCUGGAACCGAUGGGGCAAAGGAUAUCCUGCCCUCAAUCGCCAAAUUAUGCGGCACCAUCGCAGAUGAUGUCCAGGACGCUUACCCUUGUACAGUAGUGCAGGAGGCCCUGGUAGCACUAUCCGUCAAAACUCCGCGCAUGUAUGUGGCGCGGUAUGUAUAUCGUCUGAGGGACGGUAUUACUUUUGAGCAGUUCCGCGCUGCAUGGGAUGCCACCGUCAGAGCUCACACAAUCAUGCGCACGAGAGUCGUGCAACUCGGCUCACGGGGUGUGGUGCAGGUAGUUGUUCGUGAGGGCAUUGAGUGCCAAAAGAGCAAUAAUCUCCAGCAAUAUCUCGCAGAGGACUGCCAGAAGGAGAUGCCAUUGGGGGCACCGUUAGCGCGAGCAGGUUUCAUUCAGGAUUUGGACCCAGCAAGUCCUGCUCAUUUUGUCAUUACACUUCACCAUGCCUUGUAUGACGACUGGUCAUUAGCCUUGAUCCUGAAACACAUCGAGGCGGCUUACGCUGAACAACGAGUGCCCCAUCAGCACUUUUCCCGGUUUACUGAAUAUUGUAUGAAUGCGUCCAACGAACAGUCCGAGAAAUUCUGGCAUAAUGAGCUCACACGCAUGAGUCCAACCUCGUUCCCAGCUGUGCCAGCUGACUCCUACACGCCAGCAGCAACCAAGUCAUUCAUCCUUGAAACGAACCUGGAUAAAUGUAUGGAUUUCGACAGUUUAUCGACAACAGUCAUGAUGGCCUGGGCAAUCCUCAUCUCGCGUCAUACGGCAUCCGAAGAAGUCGUAUUUGGUGUCACUGACACUGGACGACGCGCUGCAAUGCCAGGAGUUGAUUUGAUGAGUGGUCCAACAAUUGCCACGUUCCCCCUCCAAGUCUUGGUUCAAGACGACCAACCAAUUGGCGAGACUUGGAUACAACUGCACCAUCGUCGGGGAGAGAUGGUCCAGCAUGAGCAAUUCGGUCUCAACCAGAUGCGCAAAUUGUCUCCAGAAGCUGCGGCUCUGUGCAAAUUCCAGAGUCUUAUUGUCUUGCAACCGAAGAGACGUGAUGAUUAUUCGCUGUUUAGCGAGGUCACCCAAACCCAUGAUCUUGAAAACCACGCUACGUUCGGGACAUACCCCAUUACACUCGUUGUCGAACCAGCAGGAAGCACAGUCAGCGUGCAGGCAGUCUACGACCAUCACAUCAUCCCUGAAGUCCAGAUGAAAAGAAUACUUCAACAGCACUCACAUAUUAUGAAGUGGAUCAGCCGUGGGGAAAGUUCAUGCGUUGCAGAUAUUGAGGGCUUGUGUCCAGAGGAUCGAAUGGAUUUGCAAAUGUGGAAUAGUCUCAGGACUCCCGAAAAUGUCCAAUCUUGCGUUCAUGAUUUGAUCUCAGAAAUGUCCCGAUCUCAACCGCACAUCGCGGCUAUCUGUGCCUGGAAUGGAGAGCUCUCCUACGAGAGACUCGAAACUCUUUCGAGUGGAUUUGCCGUGCAACUGUUGGAGGAAGGGCUCAUUAGUCCGGACACGAUUGUUCCUCUCUAUUUUGAGAAAUCUAAAUGGACCGCCGUUGCCAUUCUGGGUGUCAUCAAAGCAGGUGGUGCAUUUGCCUUGUUGGAUCCUGCCACUCCGUUGAAACGAUUACAGAUUAUCUGCGAGGAUACCGGAGCACCGUUCGUGGUUUGCCCUCCAGAAUUGGUGUCCAAUGCAAAGGACCUCACAGGGAGCGUUGUCGUGAUCGACACUGAUGAUACCCACGGCAAUGGACUUGCGGCGUACGCUCUCAAGUAUCGCCGGUCCAAGGUCAGGCCAACGAAUAUCCUCUAUGUCGUUUAUACUUCUGGGUCCACGGGCCAGCCAAAGGGAGUCGUAAUCGAACACGGAGCGUUCUGUUCAAGUGCCUUGGCCUACAUCAAGGUUGCCAAAAUGGAUAGGGAAACAAGGGCUUUGCAGUUCGCCUCAUAUUCAUUUGAUGUGAGCGUGACGGAUCACCUGGCAACCUUGCUCGCCGGUGGCACUAUCUGUAUUCCUUCCCCUGAUGACCGAAUGAACGACAUCAUCAGUGUCGUUAGCAGAUUCAACAUCAACUACGCAGACUUUACGCCAUCCUUCCUUCAGGCGCUGUCCCGAGCAGUAAUCGACAUCUGGGGCAACCACGUCCGGCUCAUCAAUAUCUAUGGACCAGCCGAGUGCUGUGUACUUACCACCAUUCAGUCUCAGGUGACCUUGGAUACAGAUCCUUUGAACAUUGGAUUUGGUACAGGAGCCGUAUGCUGGAUAGCCGAUAGCAAAAACCACAAUCGGCUAGUACCCAUCGGUGCCAUCGGCGAGCUUUUAGUCGGAGGACCGAUCGUGGGGCGUGGAUAUUUGAAUGAUCCUACGAAGACGGCAGCUGCCUUUGUUGACACUCCCGAUUUUCUACAUGAGAUGCCGGCCUCAUCACCCCACAAUCGAGUCUACAAGACAGGCGAUUUGGUACAAUACGCGUCCGAUGGGUCUAUACGAUUCAUGGGUCGGAAGGAUAUGCAAGUGAAGCUUCGGGGCCAGAGAAUUGAGCUUGGAGAGAUUGAGCACUGUUUGAAUCAGUGCUUAGAAGUUUCCAGUUUGGUGGUGGAUGUGAUCAAGCCCAGAAACAACAGUGCCUUGCUGGUCGCCUUUAUUUUGCGAGGCCAAGCGGAGAAAACAGAUCCAAAGAAGCUUCUUUGUGACCCCGAAGAUGAGUUCCGGUCCAGCAUUAUUCAGGCAGAGGCACAGUUGCGAACCCAACUUCCUGGUUACAUGGUCCCCAAUCUAGACCGAAAGCGAUUGAGAGAGCAUACAUCAUCCCUUCCUCUUGAAGAUCUACAGAGAUAUGCAGCCGCAAAACAGGAUAAAAGAUAUCCUUCGACCCCGCAGGAGGAAGUCGUUCAUGGCUUAGUGACCCGUCUUCUUGGCCUAAAACCCGAGGUGGUCGGUAUGGAUGAUACCAUGUUCAGCUUGGGAGGAGACUCAAUCACCGCUAUGCGGCUUGCUGGCUUAGCCCUGGAGACGGGCAAGAAGCUGACCGUUGCUGAUAUAUUUGCACACCCGAAACUUUGCGAUAUGGCGUUGGUGAUGGAAGACUCCGACCCGGAUUCUGCCCACAAACAAUACAAGUCCUUCUCUCUCAUCCAAACUCCAGACAUCGAGCAAAAUGACUGUGAUUACAUCAAACGCGAGGCGAUAAAUCAGUGCAAUGCCCCAGCUGACUCCCUUGAAGACGUCUACCCCUGUACAGCUUUGCAGGAAGGUAUGAUGUUUCUUUCCAUUGCCAACCCUGGUACCUACCAAUGUCGCUAUCUCUACACAAUUCCGCCCGAGAUGACAGAAGAGCAACUUCAGCAGGCCUGGAGACAGACCACGGAAGCAAACACCAUACUCCGUACCCGCAUCAUCCAAGCCCGUUCUCGUUUGUAUCAGGCAGUCAUUAAGGAUGACCAUGUGGUGUGGGACAAGCCCGAUAACCUGGAUGAUUACAUUGCCACUGACAUGAAGCGACAUGUGGACGUCGGCGAACAGCUCGUCCGAAUGGCAAUUGCCCCGGCUACAUCCGAUCGACUUCGAGUUUGGGUCUUGUCAUUGCAUCACUCCCUGUGUGACGGAUGGACGGUUCGUCAACUUCUGGAGCAGACUGCGGCGGCAUACAGAGGGCAGAGCUUGGGAGCUCGUCCUUUCUGCUCAUUUGUGGGGUACGUCAUGAGAAAAGAAGGCGAUGAAGCAAAGGCUUUUUGGCAGACCGAGCUCGAAAACCUCGAUCCGCGCGCUGCAGCUUUCCCACCAGUUUCCUCGGCCCAAUACUCCCCUACGGCGGGGGUUCCGUUGACAUACCCUGUCAUGGAUCUGCCGGACAAACGCACCAGGCAUACUUUGACAACAGUUAUUCGUCUAGCUAUCGCCAGCGUAAUUUCACGACUCACCGGGUCUUCUGAUGUUGUCGUUGGUGUCACAACAUCAGGGCGUAGCGCUUCUCUCGGUGGGAUUCUCUCCGUCACCGGUCCAACUUUAUCGUCCUAUCCCAUGCGCCUCCAACUGCACCCGUCGCAGAGAGUUGAAGCGGCAUUGGCACAGAUUCAAUCGACCUCCAUCCGCGUGCUUGAUUUUGAACAUUUCGGUCUUCAGAAUAUCCGGAAAGUCAGCCCGGAAGCCGCUCGCGCCUGUCAGUUCCAGACCUAUUUGAAUAUUUGGCCACUCGAUGAAUCCGAAGCUCCAGACCCGUUCGUCCAGCUGGACGAUGCUGCCGGUCGUACAGAGUUUGGUGGGUUUGCCCUUGCUAUGAGUUGCAUGUUGGAGUCCCAGAAUAGUGGCUUUACCGUGGUAGCAAACUAUGACCCCGAAAUUCUCUCAGAGGAUCAAUUGACAGGAUUCCUCUCUCUAGUCGAGCAAGCAGUUCGUCAGAUCUGGUCAGAUGAUUCCAUUGCCCUCGGUCAAAUUCAAGCAGAAGACUCGGAGACUGGGAUUAAGGAGCCGUUACUCAUAAGUUCCCAGCCAUCUGAUGAGAUGGCCUGGCAAAAGCCAAGCUUUGAUCAGGUCACACAAGUUGCUAAGCGGCUUCCAUCGACUCCGGUCGAGAUUCAGAUUCACAAACUCUGCGCUCGAGUUUUGAACCUCAAUUUAGAUCAAAUUGGCAUGGAUGACAGCUUCUUCCAACUUGGUGGGGACUCCAUCGGUGCAAUGAGAUUGGUAUCGUGUGCUCGAACAGAUGGUCUCUCUCUGACAGUCGCCAAGGUUUUCAAAAACCCUGUGCUAAGCUCCUUGGCCCUCUCUAGCGAACCAUACGAAGGGGUAACAAAUUCGAGCGUUCCUCGCUUGGAUGACUCAAGACAUCACUUAGAGACCCAAGCUAUUUUGCAGGAAUUAGAUCUCGAAAAUGCGCCCUUCAACCGAGAUGAUAUCGUGGAUAUUGCUCCAACGAUUGAGGUCCAGGCAGACCUAGCAGGACGACCUCAUGUAUAUUGGCUCUUGGAGAUCAAGGGUGUGCUGGAUACUACACAGUUGAAUCGUGCUUGUGCCGCGUGGACCCAAAAACACAGUAUCCUCCGAACCGCCUUCCUCAGUCAUCAGAAGCAGUUGGUUCAGGUCGUUCUGCGAGAACAUACUCCGAUUCCGAUCCAAAAUGUCACCGAAAACGAUCCCAUGGAAAUUGCGAUGGCCUGGUCUCAGGAAGACUCUUCAAAAACCCAGACAGUUCUUGGCAUUCCCCCUCUUUUGUUGGCGCUAGUGCAGCAGAGUCCAUCAAAUUCUGUAUUAGUGGUGAGACUCUCCCACGCACAGUACGAUGGCUUAUGCAUACAAAGAUUGCUGGAGGAUCUUCUCGAGUUAUACCAUGGCAAGGAGGUCUCGGCAUCGGCAGACUUCACAAAGUAUGUGCGCCACUGCCGUGACCAUGAGUCCGAGGCGUUUGAUUUCUGGAAAAGUCUUCUCAUGGGCGCCGAAAUGACACCACCCAUGCUCCCUAAGAAACUCUCUCUCACCGGCGAGACAUCUAUCAUCGAAUCUGUACAGCAGGUACCUCUCAUGGCCUUGCCCCCUGGAAUUACAAUGGCAACAGUUGUCAAAGCAGCCUGGGCCAUGGUGCAGUUCCAGUUCCAUCAGACCAAUGAUGUCGUUUUCGGCCAGCUCGUCGUGAGCCGAAACACGGGCGUUGAGGAGUUAGACCAAGUGAUUGGGCCCUGUAUCAACCGCAUUCCCGUCCGUGUCCAGAAGGUAGCGGCGGAGUCGAUCCUCCAAUUCCUGCAGCGAAUUCAGCAGCAACACGCAAACUCGCUACAGUUCGAUACUCCAGGUCUCAAGGCCAUAGCCAAGGGCUGUACCGAUAGCUGGUCCCCGGACACUAUGUUUGGAUCGUUCAUUAAUCACAUACCUAAAGACUCUGCCGAUGAUGAGUUUGUAUCUGAAGGCUUAACUUGCAGGCUAGAUGCCUGGACCAAGAACGCACCACCUCCAAAUAUCAGGUUGACCUCGACCGAGGGAGAAAUGCUGAAGAUCAGGAUCAACGCUUCCAGUGAAAUCUCGACUAAGGCUCAUCUGGAUGAGCUCAAUGCUAAGGUUUGUAAGACAAUCUUAGAAUUGUUACAAGAUGCUCACAGCCCCUCUGUUGUCAUCUGA